AUGGAUUCCACCAUGCCCAAACAGCUUGGAGAACUUCUCCAAGAGCAACAAGAACCUUUUACUCUAGAGGCCUAUCUUCUUGAAAGAGGGUAUCUGAGCUCCAGCAAUUCAACCAAGUUCUUGAAGAGGCCAGUCAUUAGCGGUAUAACCAAGAGAAAGAAAGUUGUUCAAAACUGCUCUAAGAUUGUGAAAGUUGUAUUCAACAAGCUUCUAUCCAUUGAUAGUAAGUUGAAAAGGAAAAAUUGUGGAAGUGAUCAUGUAAGUGUCACAGAGAAGAGCAUGAACAGCAAGGAAAUUGCAGAAGAGGAUAAGUUUUCUUCUGCUAGCAGCACAACUGUAUUCAAUUCUUGUUCCCAAAGUGAGGUAGAAGAUGCAUAUGAUUUAUCAGAAGAGGAACACAUAUCUGCCACUCCAAAAACCUGCCAUGCCUUGAAACCUGGCAAACGAGAAGAAGAGGUUGCUACAGAGAGAGAGUUUCAAUGGUAUAGAGUCGAGGACAGUAAGCAACCCAGCCCUGUCUCAGUGCUAGAUGACAUACAAUUUGAUGAAGUGCGACAAAACGCCACGAAAAUUGAAGAAGAAAGCUUAAAAACUUGCAAGAAAGAAGUUGAUGAGUCCAUAUUCUCAGUUUCAGUAAGUAAUUUAUCGUUCCACUCAUCGUCUAAGAGGCCAAAUCCAAGUUGUGUUGGGGAGCUCCAAGAGCUUGUUGUUUCUAAUCAUUCUUCUCAGUACACUAAAAACAAGAGGUUCUUGCAGCAAUCGAAACAGCUUCUGUUUGACUGCAUGAGAGAGGUGGUGGAGAGUCAUAGAGGGAAGGACAAUCGAUCCCUACAAUUCCAACAAUUCCUGGGACCUGAGGAGCUUUGGAAUCUCCUAUACGAGAAUAUAUGGACAUGGAGCAGACUAUCCAUAGAUGAAACUAACAUAGCCCAUCUGCUAAACUUAGAUUUCUUGGAUUCAUCCGAAAAAUGGAGUGAUUUAGAGCAGCAGAGAAGAGAGAUUGGUGAGCAGAUAGGAGAUACCAUUUUAGAGGAUAUCACCAAUGAGAUUGUUAUGGACCUGAUCAAAUUUACUUGA